UCAAGCUUUCAGAGAGAAGACUGACCUGCUCAGCACCACAAUGAGGGUUGCACUUGUACUCCUGUUGGGGGUUGUUAGCUGCUGUUUUACUUCUGUCAUUUCAAGCUGCAUCCGGGAUGACACAAAUGAAGAGAAAGGACUAGAAUGUGUGAAAAAUGCUUUAAAAGAAAAUAAACAACAAACUGCAAGUGCUAUCGCUGCAUUCCUGUGUGCAUUUUUGGAUUCAAAAGGCCAAGAUGACUUAACCAAAGCCUACAAAACUCUUCAGAAUGAUAUUGGCUGUACCUUUGCUGAUUCAUGGGCAUCUUACACAUCACCGGAAAGUCAGUUAAAUGCAGCUCAUCACAGUUUCCUGAGGAAAAUCAUAAAGCUGAUGAGCACUUCUGAUUCUCAGUCUGGAACUACCCCCAACUGUGGACCAUGGGGCCUUCUUUUGUCCAGUGUUGAGGCAAAACUAAAAUCCCUGGCUACUUCUCCAAUAGCAACACAGAUUUCCCAAGGACUACAAGAAAAUAAAAGAUAUGCCAGAGGCCUCGAUUUUCUUGGAGGCUUAGGAGGGGUUACAGGAGGCCUAGGGGGGCUUACAGGAGGUCUAGGAGGGGUUGCUGGACUUAUGGGAGGAGCUACAUCACCUUUUGGAGCUCUUACAGGAAGCCUAGGAGCUGCAGGAGGGCUUGCAGGAAGCCUAGGAGGGGCUACAGGAGGCCUAGGAGGGGCUACAGGAGGCCUAGGGGGGCUUACAGGAGGUCUAGGAGGGGUUGCUGGACUUAUGGGAGGAGCUACAUCACCUUUCGGAUCGAUUACAGGAGGCCUAGGAGCUGCAGGAGGGCUUACAGGAAGCCUAGGAGGGCCUGCAGGAGCUCUAGGAGGGGCUACAGGAAUCCUAGGAAAUACACUUGGAGGAUUGCCAGGCUUUUCAGGGGGGGCUCCAGACCCUCUUGCAACCCUUGCAAGGCUUUUAAAUGCUGUAGGAGUGUUAGAGAAACUGGUUGGUAACCUGUCCAACCUUCUAGGAGGCCUUGGAGGAUUAGUAAAUGGUCUUGGAGGACUAGCAAAUGGUCUUGGAGGACUGACAGGUGGGCUUGGAGCAGUAGGAUCAUUGGCAGGUGGACUACCAUCAAUGUUUGGAUGACUGGCAGGUGCUCUUGAAUGUUUAACUGGUUAACUGCUGGUUAACUAAACAGAGCAAUGAAUAUUUUACUCUCUGAUCACAUAAUGAAGAAACAGAAUUCAAAUCAAUUGAAAAUGAGUCCAUGUCAUAACUACUUAUGAUUUUUUGUGUAGUAUAUUGAAAAUUUAAACAAAAAUUAAAUUACUUGAUUAAUGCA